AUGGAUUUUAUGAAUGGCGGCAUGGACGAAGAACUUGUGAAGCUCUACUUUGAAAGCCAUGCGCAAGAAGAAUCUGAGAGCUCAAGUAGGUCUAGACGCCAAAGAAGGAAUAUAGAGAGGAAUCGUGAAGAAGGACAUGAGCGACUAUUCAAUGAUUAUUUCUUAGAAACUCUAGUGUACACGGAUGAGAAAUUUCAUAGAAGGUAUCAAAUGUAUAAACAUGUAUUCCUUCGCAUCGUUGAAGCUCUUGGUCAACAUAAUGAGUAUUUUCAAUUGAAGACUGAUGCAACUGGUAGAUCAGGUCUUUCACCGCUACAAAAAUGCACUGCUAUUAUUCGUAUGUUGGCAUAUGGAACAUCUUCUGAUAAUGUGGAUUACUAUUUGAGAAUCGGUGAAACCACAACAUUAAAAUGUAUUGAUAAUUUUACAAGGGGUGUGAUUAGUUUAUUUGGGCCACAAUAUUUGCGAAAGCCAACAACCGAAGACAUUGAACGCUUGCUACAUAUGGGGGAGGCACGUGGCUUUCCAGCGAGUUCAAACAAUGAUAUCAAUGUGCUGAACCAAUCUGAUGUCUUCAACGAUGUUAUGCAAGGAAGAACUUCUGAGAUCCAUUAUUCAGUCAAUCGACAUGAAUACAACAUGGGCUAUUAUCUAUCAGAUGACAUUUAUCCUGAAUGGGCUAUAUUUGUGAAAAGCAUCCCAAUGCCACAAGGGGAUAAGAGAAAAUUGUUUGCUCAACAUGAAGAAGGUGCAAGAAAGGAUAUCGAAUGA